AUGAAGAGCUUCACUGAUGCAAUCACUAUUAUUAAUAAGAAUAGAGAAAACCAGGUCAUAGAUCUGCAGCAGAAGAUUGAACAUUUACACAGACAGAUAAUCACACUGAAUCUGAAGAUCUCAUCACAAUUAUUCACAAUCUCAUCAGAAGCAUUCAUAUCAUCUGAGACUGCUGUACAAAAUGAGAAUCUGAGUAUGAAAUAUAUCAAGUCAGAAGAUCUGUCAGAGUUAUUAAGCUUCAAUGAUGACUGA